AUUGACAGAAAUUCAAGAUAAAUGGAAUGUAGCAAAUAAUAUACUUACUCGUUUAAAAUCUGAAAAAAAUACAUUGUGGAAAUUUUUUGUCAAUACAUCUAAAGGGGUGGCUGGUGCUAAAUUAUUGACAAGUGAAUUGACUCAUAUUUUUACUGAGCAUUUGAAUGACGCCUUCAAAAAAGCCGUUAUAACCCAUACUGUAUUGAUAUUACAAAAUGAAGCAUUUGUUAAAUCCGGUAAAGUAAUGCAAGCCUAUGUAGAUUUGGAUCUAAUUGAACUGAUGGAAAAAAACAAUAUAAGUAAACUGACCGAAUAUUUAAAAUUGGGUUAUAAACACUAUGCUAGCGUUGUUGAUAGGUUAAUUCAGAGAAAAAUAAUAGCUGACUUAGAGUCUCAAUGGAAUUUAUUCCACCCAUUACUAGAAACAAGUAUUAGUUCUGCAGCUGAAAAAGCAAUUGUUGUUGAUAGUGGUCGAACGUACGUUUUUAUCGCUUGUUUACGUGAUUUAUUACCAGUUUAUUUUGUUGAAAAGAUGUCUUCAUUAGAAAUACA